CAUGACGGACUCGGGGAGGAGGCCACCAACUACCAAACCCAUCGCACACGUCCUGCUCCCCUCCCCUUCUCGUCGCGUCGGCAUUGCAUUGCACGCCUCGCCCGGCGCCUGCUCCCUUGCAUUUUCCAUUGACCUCCCCCCCGCCCCCUCUCGUCCGUCUCCUCCUCCCCAAAGCUUCGAAUUUUCCCGAGCCGGAGCCACACCUUCUUUCUCCCCGCGUCCCACGAUUCGCCGUCGGAAAGAGGCAAGGCAACGGAAACCGAGCCGUCCUGCGUGAGCUGGGGCGGGGUCCCCCGUCUGGGUGCCUUCCGUGCCACUCUCCUGCAACGCGGGGCGCAUUGUCUUGCUGCCCCCUUGAGAAGGGAAGAUUCCCGCCAUCUAUUAAUCCUCCUCUCGUAUGCCGUUUUCUGCCUGGGGAGGACACAAACGCAGCGCCGCGGGAAAGCCGGGCGCCGCAUGGAUCGAGGCAUCCGGUGUUCCUGUCUCAAGACCCAGUUUUGGCGUCUUGGCGUAGCGGGACGGAGGAGGACGACGGGGUUUCGGAGCGCAGGGUCGCGGCGGCACGCCGGGAUCUCCGAGGCGCCGCGCUGUUGAGUGUUGACGCCUUCUCGUUCCUGGGAGGAGGUGAUUUCUCUGCUGAGGGCCUGGGGAGUCUCUUGGUUCAGUCCCUCUCCCUCUGCAGUUUAUUUGCUUUUUUUAGGUAGGUGGAGUGUGGAGUUGUUGGGUGGGAGAGGGCCUGGAAUUUAUUUCGAGCUGCUUCUUUGGAGACCAUUGUUUCUCGAAUCUGAGUUCCUCUUCUUCGGAGGGAGUUGUCAAUUGCGUUCUGAUUGAUUUGGACAAGAUCGGAAGGAACUGGCACUCUCGGUGGGCGUACAAAAACUCUGAGCUUGUGGCCUUAUCGACUUCUUGGGGGCAUCUGGGAGUAGCUUCAGCGAUUCACUUGAGUCUGGAGGAAUGGCGCCGACCAAGAGGAUGGAGAAGCUCAAGCUCAGCACAUUGUUGACUUUCAUGCGUUGCCACAGGGGCUCUAGUGAUGACCACUCACGGAUUGGGACAGUGGGGUUCUCCCGAGUCGUUUACGUCAACGAGCCUGAUAUGCUUGAAGAGGAGGGAUUCAACUACCCCUUGAAUGAAGUGUCGACGACAAAGUACACUCUGGCCACCUUCCUUCCCAAGUCCCUCUUCGAGCAGUUCAGGAGGGUGGCCAAUUUCUACUUCCUUGUCUCUGGUAUCCUUGCCUUGACUCCACUUGCACCUUACACGGCAGUGAGCGCGCUUGCACCGCUCUGUGUCGUGAUUGUAGCCACCAUGGCAAAAGAAGGGGUUGAGGACUGGCGGAGGAAACAACAGGAUCAUGAGCUCAAUAAUCGGAUAGUCAAAGUGCAUAGGGGAAGUGGCCAUUUUGAAGAGACAAAAUGGAAGAAUAUCAAAGUUGGAGAUGUAAUAAAACUGGAGAAGGAUAAUUUCUUUCCCGCUGAUAUGAUUCUGCUUUCAUCUAGCUAUCCGGAUGGAAUAUGUUAUGUAGAGACCAUGAACCUUGAUGGUGAAACAAAUUUGAAAAUUAAACAAGCUCUCGAGGUGACAUUGGAUUUACAGGAGGACACAAAGUUCAGAGAAGUCAGACAAACAAUAAAAUGUGAAGACCCAAAUGCGAACCUCUACUCCUUUGUCGGUUCAAUGGAAUGGAGAGGCCAGCAGUAUCCCCUGUCACCCCUACAGCUUCUUCUCCGGGACUCAAAACUACGGAACACAGACUACAUAUAUGGGGCUGUCAUCUUCACAGGUCAUGAUACAAAAGUGAUGCAAAAUGCAACAGAUCCACCAUCUAAAAGAAGUAAGAUUGAGAAGAAAAUGGAUCAAAUUAUUUACGUUCUGAUGUCUUCUCUACUCAUGAUUGCAUUACUUGGUUCCAUCUUCUUUGGGAUCUGGACCAAAGAGGACGUAAGAGAUGGUGGGCUCAAACGGUGGUAUCUUCGGCCAGAUGCUACUACUAUAUUCUAUGAUCCAAAGAGAGCAGCUCUGGCAUCUUUCUUUCAUUUGUUGACGGCCUUGAUGCUGUACAGCUACUUCAUACCCAUUUCUUUGUAUAUAUCCAUUGAGAUAGUCAAGAUCUUGCAAGCUCUAUUUAUCAACCAGGAUAUUGAAAUGUAUCAUGAAGAAUCAGAUAAGCCAACUCAUGCUCGUACUUCGAAUCUAAAUGAAGAACUAGGUAUGGUUGAUACAAUUCUAUCCGAUAAGACUGGAACAUUAACAUGCAACAUGAUGGAGUUCAUCAAGUGUUCAAUUGCUGGCACAGCCUAUGGUAAGGGCGUCACUGAAGUUGAGAGAGCUAUGGCUAUGAGGAAAGGUGACAGUUUAGAUGAUGACAUUGAAAAUGGAGACUACAAAGACAAAAAAAAUCACAACAGUCCCAAUGUUAAAGGGUUCAAUUUCAAGGAUCCACGAAUAAUGGAUGGGAAUUGGAUUCAUGAGCCUAACAAAGAUAUGAUAAGAGAUUUUUUCCGGCUCCUAGCCAUCUGCCACACAUGCAUUGCUGAAAUAGACGAAAAUGAGAAGGUUUCAUACGAAGCUGAGUCCCCUGAUGAAGCUGCAUUUGUUAUUGCGGCAAGAGAACUAGGGUUUGAGUUUUACAAGAGGUCACUGGCAACUAUAAUUAUUCGUGAGCAGGAUCCAAGUUGGAAUGUUGUUGAGAAAAGGUACAGAAAGUAUGAACUCUUAAAUAUAUUGGAGUUCAGUAGCUCAAGGAGACGGAUGUCCGUGAUAGUCAAAGAACCAGAGGGAAGGAUAUUACUUCUCAGCAAGGGUGCUGAUAGUGUGAUGUUCAAAAGGCUUGCACCAAAUGGAAGAAAAUAUGAAGAAGAAACAAGAAGACACAUAAAUGAGUAUUCUGACUCUGGUCUAAGAACCUUGGUUCUAGCAUACCGUGUCUUAGAUGAGAAAGAGUACAAGGAAUUCAAUGAAAAACUGAACACUGCCAAAGCAUCUGUAAGUGCUGAUAGAGAUGUAAAAAUUGAGCAGGCUGCUGAUAGCAUUGAACAGGACUUGAUUCUUCUUGGUGCUACUGCAGUUGAAGAUAAGCUCCAGCAAGGGGUGCCUGAAUGCAUAGACAAGCUUGCGCAAGCCGGAAUUAAGAUAUGGGUCCUGACUGGCGACAAGAUGGAGACAGCUAUCAAUAUUGGGUUUGCAUGUAGCCUGCUUAGGCAAGACAUGACACAGAUAAUUGUCACACUGGAACAACCUGACAUCAUCGCGUUGGAGAAAGAUGGUGACAAAUAUAAAAUUUUUAAGGCAUCAAAGAAAAAGGUUAUGAGUCAGAUAGAGGAUGGAAUCAAACAAAUUCCACCUUCAACUAAAAUUAGCACUGCAUCAUUUGCACUAAUCAUUGAUGGUAAAUCAAUACCUUAUGCUUUGGAAGAUGAUGUCAAGUUUAAGUUCUUGGAUCUUGCUAUCAACUGUGCAUCAGUGAUAUGUUGCCGAUCUUCACCAAAACAGAAGGCACUGGUCACAAGAUUUGUUAAGCAAGUAACACAUAAAGUGACUUUAGCAAUAGGUGAUGGGGCAAAUGAUGUUGGCAUGCUUCAAGAAGCUGACAUAGGGGUUGGCAUCAGUGGUGCUGAAGGAAUGCAGGCUGUCAUGGCUAGUGAUGUUGCUGUUGCCCAAUUCCGCUUUUUGGAACGGCUACUUCUGGUGCAUGGACAUUGGUGUUACCGGCGUAUUUCAGUGAUGAUAUGCUAUUUCUUCUACAAGAAUGUUACUUUUGGUGUCACUCUCUUUCUCUACGAAGCAUUUGCAUCUUUCUCUGGGAAGCCAGCUUAUAAUGAUUGGUUCUUGUCACUCUAUAAUGUCUUCUUCACCUCCCUUCCUGUCAUUGCUUUGGGAGUCUUUGACCAGGAUGUGUCUGCCAGGCUAUGCAUACAGUAUCCACAGCUAUACCAAGAAGGAGUGCAGAAUAUAUUAUUCAGUUGGUGUCGGAUACUUGGCUGGAUGCUUAACGGUGUUAUGAAUGCUGUCUUAAUAUUUUUCUUCUGCAUCACAACCUUUGAGGACCAGGUGUUCCGCCGGGAUGGUCAAGUUGCAGGCUUGGAUGCUCUAGGCGUCGCCAUGUACACUUGUAUUGUAUGGGUUGUCAACUGUCAAAUGGCGCUCUCUGUGAACUACUUCACCAUAAUCCAGCACAUAUUCAUAUGGGGCAGCAUUGCAGUAUGGUACCUCUUCCUCAUAGUUUAUGGUUCCAUGAACCCGAGGUUCUCAACUACAGCCUACAUGGUCUUCAUCGAACAGCUGGCCCCAGCCCUCUCAUUUUGGUUGGUGACACUUUUUGUUGUGCUGGCAACACUUGUCCCCUACUUCACGUAUGCCGCGAUCCAGAUCCGGUUUUUCCCAAUGUUCCACAACAAGAUUCAGUGGAAGCGGUACUUGGGGAAGGCUGAAGACCCAGAAGUGGCAAGGCAGUUGUCAUCACGACACCGGACGUCGUCGCAGCAGAGGAUGGUCGGUAUCUCUGCUCGUCGGGACGGCAAGGCUAUGCAAAUAACAAGGGAGACAGAGAUAGAAGUUCAGGAGUAGCAUUGUCAGUAGAUUUUGCGUUUUGUACAGCUUAUAGGAUAUUGUCUCCGGCAGGAUGACAGCUGAACUGAUUGGAAACCGGAAUGUUUCUGGAUUGCUGCUUCUAUGAUGGCUGUCAUGGAAGCUGAUGGUAGAGCAAGACUACAAAUUGCUUAGAUAGGUCACAACUCACAAGGAGGCCAAGAGAUCCUGUUGUAAAGUUCAAUUUUAGCAGUUCAAGGCUGUGUUUCCCCCCCCCCCCCCCCCCCCCUGCUUCUCUUACAUCAUAGAUGCUUGUAACCAGAUUGGUAGAAUUUCGUUGUUUUUAUUCCUCUUUACCCCCCUUGCCUGCCCCCUCUCAACUGUAUUUUAAACAAUAAUGUAAGGCAUCUUGUUUGAGUGGCUUUCAUGCUUUAUUUUGGAAAGAAUCAUAAUUGAGUGAUAUAGAAUGUAAGAUUGGCCUCUAA